AUGAACUGUCUGCAGAUUUUGUGUUCGGCCUCUGUAACCAUUAUAGUAGUGGCUGCAACGGUGGGGACGGAUUAUUCAGCGGGCGGACUGGCAGAACAUGGAGGUUUACACUCUUUAUUAACAAAUGGUCCUGCUAUCUCGGAUCCCAAUCCACACAAGCCUAACCUUGCAUCAUCUGCGGGUCCUGGUUACGCCUCGGCAGCUUCAAUGGGUCUUUCUCCGAAUAAGAGAGAGUACGACUUGUUUGGACAUGCAGAACCUGACUUAGGUCCCGAAGCAUGCCCAUAUGGAUGGUUUGGUUACCAUGGCAGCUGUUAUAUGUUAAGCAGUGACCAAAAACCGUGGGUUAAUGCAGCCAUACAAUGUGCAAGUAUGAAAGCUCAUUUAGCUUGUAUAGAAAGUGCUGAUGAAAAUGCUUUCCUUCGAAGACUUCUGACGGCUAUGCAAGUUGAAAGGGGAGCCUGGAAUGGUCUGAACGAACUUCUUCACCCUGGACAGGAGACUUAUGGGUGGGGUCUGACUCAGCAAGCCUGUACUAAGUACGACUGGUAUGGGGGCGAGCCAGUCAACCAAGCGUCCGGAGACUACAUGUGUGGCAUGUUCUUUCAAGCGUAUGAUUAUCACUGGCAUCUAGGAGACUGUAAUCAGCCAAACCGAUAUAUCUGUGAAAUGAAAAGGGGAAAACCUUGCGAAUGCCAGCUAUAAAUGGAGUGUGAACAAUGAAACAAAUCCGAAACUGGGGGCAGACAUUUUGCUUUGAUGUACAUACGUAUUUAUACAAGGAACC